AUCGGUGCAAUUGAGUUCACACAAUAUGAGGGAGCACAGCGGCAGCCAAAACCCAACUCCAGAUUUUUCAGUUUGGUGUUUUUGCCUCUUGUGCACCCGCAUAAUGUAACCGUAAACGAUACAUAAUAACCUACGAGAGUAGAAGCCACAAACUGGCUUUUAUUUUGACUGCAAGAAUGUGCUGCGGGGAGAUCUGACAAUACGCCGUUGUAACGUUCAAAUGGAAGAUUGGCUGCUCCAGCUCUUUCAGUGGAUAUGUUGCCGUGGUGGCUUUUUGCAUAGACCCCUUUUUAAUCGUCACGGAUGUUUGGAUCUGGAUUCUUUACAUUUUUCGUGUCCUGAGCUGUGAAAAGAAGACCGGGAUAAAACAUUCGCUGCCUACCUCGACAGAUUGCUACCAGGGAUUUAAAUUAUCACGUGCUACAACAACAACGGAAAGAUUUUUAAAAUCAGAAUUGAUGUGGCUCUCUGACCUUUAAUGAAUUCAGUCUGGAGAGCAAAAUGAAUAGGGAAAGGCCGAAGAGAAAUAUCAUUCAAAAGAAAUUUGAUGAUAAUGAUGGAAUUCCGUGGUCGGAAGAGAGAGUGGUCCGCAGGGUGCUCUACCUCUCCCUCAAAGAGUUUAAGAGAGUGCAGAAGGGCAAAGUGGAGAAUGGUACUGGGAUAGUUAAUGGCUCCUUUGUGAAUGGUAAUUUGAAUAGUUUGGGAGCUAAAUCUGGGCUGUUUGCUGGGAGCUGUAAGUCAGAGAGGACGCAACAUGCAGCUCAGAGCAAAGACUGCAGCCAUGAGUACUCAAUAGGGGAGCCUGUCAGGAAGAGACCAAGGCUGCAGGCUCAGAGGAAGUUUGCACAGUCUCAUCCCUGUUCUCCCAAUGCUACCCCGCUGAAAGUGCUGGAAGCCAUGCCCCCGAGCCCUCCUGCCCUGCUCAACCAUCUCACUAAACGCAAACCCAAAACUGAAGACUUCCUCACCUUUCUCUGUCUAAGAGACUCUGCUGCGUUGCCCAGCAACAUGACAUACUUUGGUAGUGCUAAAGAUGAUGAAGAUGUAGAUUAUGAAGAGGAUGAGGAAGACGAAGAAGACAUUGCUUGCAGUUCCCCUACUUCCUUACAGUCAACUCCACGCAAGAGCAAAGCACUCAACAAAUGCAUUGCCAACGGUCAUGUGUUUAACGGGCACGUGCGAGCUGCUGAUGAACCGGAAAAUGGUUUAAAGUCCAGAGGGAAAGAGGGAGUCCAAGGGAAGGAGAAAAACUCUGUAGCAUCAGCUAGAACCUCCGGUACACACAAUUUACGACCCAGCAGAUCUGUACAGGAACAAAAACAACAGCUCUCCAAAAUAAAUGGAACAUCGGGAGCCUCUGCUGUCAAUUGCAGGAAAACAAAAGAUCUCCGCACUCCCCCGACCAAAGCUGUGAAGUACCCCAAGGGCCACGUGACUUACACCAAAGCCAGACUGCUCAAAGAGGCCAAGCUCAGCCUGAGCACACAUACACGCCAACACAGCUCGCACCACACCCACACACAUCCUCAACACUCCAACUCAGGUAAAGCUCAAACCAGCCACGCCAAGAUGCAAAAACAAGUAAUACCACCAGCAUCUGCUGGGCGACUGUGUGGGACAGACACAUUCCCUCCCAGACGAAAUGGACUAAGACAGUCGAAAAGACAGUUGGAGAUGGCUGAGGUUAGAGCAGAGGUUGAGGUCAAAAGGGUCAAAGUGCAAGUCAUUCCCUUGGAGACCCGCAGUAGGAAAGCAGCUCAGGAGACGCCAGCGCCCCGUAGCCAUGGUAAAAAGGUGAAAUCGCAAGUGUCGGGAUCACAAAGACCCAAACGUGCUUCUGCAGGGAAACACAUGGUCACCAAACAGAUGCACUGUAAAGCAACCGUUAAGGCCAAGAACAGCCCCACUACCUCAACACAAGACAUUUUAAAACCAGCCAGCUCCCCCAAAUUAUCAGUUUCUCCCAAAAUAAACAAUGCUCAAAAACUAGUCAAUCUUUCUGAUGUGACCAAGCCCCUCAAACCAGUUGAACCUAAAGUUGCGACAGACAAAGAGCGAGGUAAGCGUGGCGCGGAGGUAAUGGAGGUAACAGAGGUUCCGGGUUUCUAUCCUAGCACACAAGAGUUCCAUGACCCUCUGGCUUAUAUGGACUUUGUGCGGGGGCAAGCAGAACCAUGUGGGUUGUACCGCGUUGUUCCGCCAGCGGGCUGGCGUCCCGAGUGUAAGCUUAAAGAGGAGAUGCGCUUCGUCUCGUAUGUGCAGCAUGUGCACAAGCUGGGCAAGCGCUGGGGUCCGAAUGUGCAACAACUGGCCUGUAUCAGAAAACACCUGCGGACACAAGGCAUUAAGAUGGAGGAACCUCCACUCAUAGGAGGGUGUGAGUUAGACUUGGCACGAUUCUUCCAGCUUAUAAAUGAAAUGGGGGGCAUGCAGCAGGUAACAGACUUGAAAACAUGGGGCCGACUUGCUGAUCUGCUGGGCAUCCCACGCUCUGCUCAAGAUCGCCUGGCCAAGCUCCAAGAGGCGUACUGUCAAUACCUGCUUUCAUAUGACUCCUUAUCACAAGCCCAGAGGGCUCAGUUGGAGAAGGAAGUGCUGGUGGAAAAGGAGACCCUGGAGAAAAGAAGUGGCCCCCUAGAGGGCCAGGGAGACAUAUCCCAGCAUGCCGCUCUGCUACUUCCACGCUGUGAACCCAAAAAUGGGUUGGUGAACGGAGCAUUACACAGGAGUGGAGCACGUGAGCACCUGCGAGAGCUGGACCCCACAGAGAAGAGCAGUCGGCAGAGACGACUAGAGAAGAGAGGAGUUGAAGAGGGGGUACUCAGUGAACAACACAAGUGCAUAUACAGGGGCAAAUCAUUUUCUUUAACAACAUUCUACAGGGCAGCCAGGAAUACCAUGAACAUGUGUUUCAGCAAAGAGCCAGACACUGCUGAAAUUGAGAAGGAAUACUGGAGAUUGGUUGAAGAAAAGGAAUGCCAUGUUGCUGUGCAUUGUGGGAGGGUUGACACAAAGACUCAUGGAAGUGGAUUUCCUGUGGGCAAAUCUGAGCCAUUUUCAAAGCAUGGAUGGAAUCUUACUGUCCUUUCCAAUAACUCAGGAUCCAUCUUACGUCAUCUUGGUGCUGUGCCAGGAGUGACCAUCCCCUGGCUGAAUAUAGGCAUGGUCUUUUCUACCUCAUGCUGGUGUCGGGACCAGAACAGCCUUCCGUAUAUAGAUUACUUACACACUGGUGCUGAUUGCAUUUGGUACUGUAUUCCAGCUGAAGAGAAAUCAAAACUUGACAAAAUAGUACACACACUGCUACAGGCUAAUGGAACUCCAGGGCUGGAGAUGCUUGAGAGGAACAUUAUGAUUUCGCCAGAGGUGCUCCGUCAAAAGGGAGUGAAAGUGUACCGGACAGUGCAACAGAGUGGUCAGUUCAUGGUGUGUUUUCCAGGGACCUUUGUGUCCAAGGUGUGUUGUGGCUACAGUGUCUCAGAGACAGUGCACUUCGCCAACCCCCAGUGGAUGAAACUAGGCUACGAGGCAGCUAAGGAUCUUAAACGGCGCCGUAUAGAGGGGCCCUUCUCCACAGAGAAACUGAUCUACCACAUUGCCACAUCUGAGCGGGAAAACAAACAUCUUCUGAAAGCAAUCUCCACUCUCAUUAAAGAUCUCAGGGAUGCAGAGAUUAGCCAGCGCAGGGGUCUUUUCGAGGCUGGGCUCCGUCUGUCUGCACGCUAUGGAACGAACUGCGAGUCUCAAGCGGACAAGAAGAAGCAGCAACGUUUAAGAUUUACAGAAGACACCGCUGACAGGCGCUGCCAAGUUUGUCAGCAUCUGUGUUACCUCUCCAUGGUUGUUCAUGAGAGUGAUAAUGUGGUUUUCUGCCUGGAAUGUGCUCUUCGAUACAUCCAGAAACGCAGGUCCCCUCGUGGCCUCAAGAUGAUGUUUCGCUACUCUGAGGAGCAAAUCAACAGUCUGGUAAAUCGUGUGUCUGGCAAAGUAUUGGAGAAGGCUAGAGAGAAGCAGAAAGUCGCCGACCUUAGAAAAACACUACCAGCAAAACGAAGUCCCAGAAACAAGAGCCCCGCCCUGGUCCCCUUCUCCUGCUCCACCUCAAAGAGCAGCAGCCGCACCUAACCAGACCAUCAGCAACAUUCCUCCUCACCCAGCAUCACAUAUAUAAGGCCAUAGUGUCUCCUUUAUAUCAGGUGUUCCUAAUUCUUGUGUACAAACACUCUUAAAUAAUCUUUGUACCUAGUGUAUAGUCUCAAUACAACAAGCUGUUAUAUUGCACUUUUGUAUUACAGAUUUGCAGUUACCGGCUGGUUAGUACAAUAUAUUGAAUGUAUGGAGGUCAAAUGUUACAACACGUUUCACAAAAAACAACUUUUUGGGGCACCUGACAUAAGUGAGAAUGUUGGGCCUUGUCCGAUAAGCACGGAAUUUUUUGCACUAGUCCUGAGAUUGGUUUUAGAUGAGUAUUUUCGGGUUGUUUUAGCAUUAAAUUGAGUAUAGAUAUGCGUAUACAUAGAUAUAAAUAUAUCCUAUACUAUUCCUAUCAUUUGUGUUUAACUGGUGCUGUAGUGACACUCUUCUCCAUCACCAUUACAUCCUGUAUGUCUCUUGGGCUCACUUUUAUUAAAUCUUAAAGGGAUAGUUCACCCAAAAAUGAACAUUUUGUCAUCAUUUACUCAUCAUCGUGUUUUUCCAGACCCGCAAGACUUUCUUUCCCUCGUUUAAACACAAAAGGAGAUGUUAGGUAGAAUGUUAGCCUCACUAUUCACUUUUAUUUUAUUGACAAAAAGAUGUAGUGAAAGUGAAAGUUGACUGGGCUAACAUUCUGCCUAACAUUUCCUUUUGACAGACAGUCAUACGGGUUAGGAACAACAUGCUGGUGAGUAAAUAAUGAGAGAACUUUGACUUUUGAGUGAACUGUUGGUUUAUUAUGAUGUCAGGAACAAGACAGAACGAUUAUAGCCCUCUGAAGUCAAACAGUAUGUGUAUAGUACAUGCAGUUACUGGCAUUCCACUUGUCCAGCUACAAAUAUUAAUCGGUUUCAGAUUAGUUUUAAAUAACUUAUGAAGACCCUUGUAUUCAGUUACAGAUUUCCUUGAAACUCUCAAGGCCUUGAUGAUGAGUAUACUUGGAAUCCCCAGUUUUAAAAGCACAUUUUGAGGCCUUUUACUAAAAUCUUUGUGGAGUUCAAACAGUUAUUGGAAGUUUGAUGCUUAGGGCAAUAUUUAAAGUUAUUAUUUCCAUUUUAAAGAUGCACUUUCCCUUUUAUCCCAUAAAUGUUUGUCCCACUGGUUUUACAUUUGUAACUGUUUAACAAUGUGUCCUAAAAUUGCUCCCUCCUUUUCGAUAUUUGGAAUCAUACCUUUAAAUAUUAUUUUGUUUACAUAGAGUAUUAUAGCUAAAUACUAAUAUGUCUGCUAGCCCCAAUUAUGUUUAUAUGCCAGUAAAUCUAAAGAAUUGAGCCUUUGAGUUCCAGUCUAUAGGAAUUUGGAUGAGAAAGCCAAGAUGAAGAAAAAGCCUUAUGUCUGCAUUGGUUUCUUCAUUAAUAUAAAUUAGAUAUUAACAGGGUUGCUACAAAAACAUACAAAAAAAUAAGUGCUGCUUAAAAUCACUGAAGACGUAUGUCAUAGUGGUGAUCCCUAGUUUUUUAGCUUUAAUUUUUUAUUCAAAAGUCUUUUACCCAAAAGUAAACUAUUGUAGUAGGCCUAGCUACCCAUUGCACUGACUGUAUCAAAGUCCUGUAAUCAAACAUGGUAGUUACCCCUUUCCAAAUGACUGACUUGUAUUUAAGGUUUAAAAAAUGAAAAGUGUUUCCAAAAAUGUGGUUGUAUACUUUUUAUGGCCUUAAAUUAUUACUAUUAUUAUUAUCCCUUUCACCCUUAUUUUAUUUAAGUAAUCCUCCAGCUCCUUGUACUGUUUAUUUAUAUGAACUGUUACGCAGUCCUCCAAUCCAGUGGAGAUCUCUUUGGUUACUUGUAGUUUUUUUCCCUUUUUUUUUUUUUACUUAUCAGGUUUUUAUAUUUUUGUUUGAAUAAAUAUAUCACUUGUCAAUCCUU